AUGACGCUGGCGAUCCUUUCAAGAGCAAAGUGCGGUCUGUCUCGAUGUGUCAAUUGUUACCUGGAGUCCAUGGUGGUAACAGAUCUGCUGGUGAUCUUAACCGCGGUGAUACUCAGCCGGAUCAGCGUCACUUAUGCACCGGGUAGUUUUCUGUCCGUGACUCCAGUGUGCAGCAUCAGCAGUGUACUCAUUUAUGCAGCCAGGGACAGCUCCGUCUGGCUGACUGUCGCUUUCACUUUCGACCGAUUUGUUGCCAUUACUUGCCAGAAUCUCAAAACAAAGUAUUGUACAGGGAGAUCAGCUGCGUUAAUUAUAAGUUCUGUCUGCGUUCUAAGUUGUGUAAAGAACAUACCAUUUUACUUUAUUUACAAACCUUCCUAUGUCAUUAAUGGUGUCCCCUGGUACUGCAAUGUCAAAUCGAAUUUCUAUGAUUCCCCGAUAUGGAAAGCCUUUGAUUGGAUCGAUUGCAUUCUCACACCUUGGCUUCCAUUCAUCUUGAUUCUGCUUUUGAACAUUCUGACAGUCAGGUAUAUUGUCGUUGCCAACAAAGCCCGCAGGAGGCUGCGGAACAGAGAAAUCAACAGCGAUCCGGAGGCAGAAAGUCGCAAGAAAUCUAUAAUCUUACUUUUCGCCAUCUCCGGUAGUUUCAUUCUUCUGUGGAUGACCUAUGUAGCAAACUUCCUCUAUGUCGAAAUUACAAAAGAUAAGUAUACUGUAGGCUUCAAUUUAAAAGACCCGAAGUUCGUGUUUAGGGAAGUUGGGAACAUGUUGCAGCUGUUGAGCUCAUGCACUAACACAUGUAUUUAUGCAGUGACCCAGACGAAAUUCAGAGAGCAAAUGAAAGAUGCGUUCAGAUAUCCCUUCAAGCUACUUUUCGCAAUGAUUCGCUGA